AUGUUCAGAAUAGUUUUGUGUUCAUUUAUCCUUCUAUAUGUCAAUGCCCAGCAAGUACAAGUCGUCAGAAUUGGAGACAAAGGUAUGUGAUAUUCUCACAAAUUUUUUCUUGUUAUUUCUGAAUGUGAGAGAUUCAGAUUGUAACAUGUAAGAUACAUUUUGAAAAAUUUCUGUUCCAGAUAUUCCAUAUCGCGUCACCAUAAAACGUUAUAAUUCUGACGGAGUUGAGCAAAGUGAUAACACAUUGGGAGUGAAUACGUUUGGGCUCAUUGUUUUGAAAUAUUCUUUCUUUAUUGAUCCUCCCAGUAACACUUUCACAAAAGGAAAGUGGUGAGUUUCAAAAAAGAGGGACAUUUUCAUAACAUGUAAAACAGAAAAAAUCAGAUAAAGUUCAGGUUGAAUGUGAAAUCAAAUGACGAAAGUUUAUUGGUACACAAGACAGUUGAGUUUGAUAAAGAGAACACUAUUGCAUUUUUCUAUACAAGUGAGUUUGAAAAUUUUCAUCAAUGUGCACAUAAACAAACUGAAUGUUUUAUAGCAUAUGGAAAAACUGCCGGAGACAAGGUUAUAUUCGCAGUUGGUAACGAUGUUUUGUCAUACGUUAUUUGA